AUGCCAUCAGACAGUUCUUCUGCUUCCGAUGAAAGGGCCAUUGACAUUGGUGGUCGAACCUACCAGCUUUACUGGUGUUACCAAUGCCAUCGAACCGUAAGGAUUGCAUCGGAUAACCCACGGAUCAUGUGCCCCAGGUGUUUUGGCCAGUUUGUUUAUGAAAUCGAUAUAGCCAGGCCGCGGCUUGUGGUCGAGUUCACUGCAUUUGAUCCAUCGCCAGAAGCCCGUAUACUGGAAGCACUGUCUCUCAUGCUUGAUCCUCCUGUUCGACAUGCUCGGAGGUUUUCGGACGUCGGAAUCCAACCCCCAUGGAACCAGAAUCAUGGGCGGCGCUGGCCGUGGCGGAGGCAUAGAGCGGAUGGGAACUCUCCCUUGGAUGAUACGGAUGGUUGGGGUUCCGAGAGCGGGAUUUUAGCCCGUCCGCGAUCACGUUCUUGGAUCAUUCUUACACCAAAUAACCUACCCACGGACGUCCGUGAUGGUUCCAACAAUAAUGAUAUUGAUGAUAAUGAAUCAGAAGGUGUGGUCUCAAGAGGGAUUGAUCCUAGGAACUAUUUUGAUGGCUAUGAGUUAAACGGGUUGAUCGACGAGUUAACUCAGAACGACAGGCCAGGGCCGCCGCCAGCACCCGGUCCCGUCAUUAACGGAUUACCGAUCGUUAAAAUCACCCAAUCCCAUCUGCUGAAUGACUCCCAAUCUUGUGCUGUUUGUAUGGAGGAUUUCAAAGUUGGUGGAGAAGCGAGAGAGUUACCAUGCAACCAUAUAUUCCAUUCCGAUUGUAUCGUCCCUUGGCUCCGACUCCAUAACUCUUGUCCGGUUUGCCGAAAGGCGCUGCCGGUGCCGAGCAUCACCACCGACGGCAGUAGUGAUUCUUCGGAUGAUGGAAUGGAUUCCUCCAUCAAUGGAAGGGGUAGACGACAGCGGUGCCUGAGGUGGAGACGGUUAGCAUCCGUUUGGCCCUUUCAGGCACGGUGUCGACCUCCCGGUUCGCAUAACGUUACGACCCGAGAGGACUCAAGGGUGCACUCUUGCAGCAUCCUUUAA